AUGUUCAUUGCAAAUAAACAUGGAAGUGAUGUAUAUUUACAUGGAAGAUCACAACUACGUCCUAGGAAACAAGUUAAGACAUGGAUUGAUGAGCCAGUACAUGAACAGUCUUAUUUACAUGCUUUAAGAAAUUGUGUUAUUCCAUUCAUGAAAGCGACCAAUUCAAAAAUUUUGAUGACCGAUUGUGUAAAUUUGAAUCAUACAUUAAAAAUUCGUGAUCUUUUAUUCAACAACCGAAUAGAAUUAUAUGGAAGUGCUGGAUAUCAUCAUCAGGUGUAUGGUGGUUAUCCUCCGUAUUCUCAUGAUUGUUCUAUAUUAGACUCAUCUAUGUUUGCAACUUUUCAAAGUGACAUUAGUAAUGAAAUUGCGAUCAAUACUGAUUUGGUUGAUUCGGAUCAUAUUUUGAUUUAUAUGAGUGAAAUAAUUCCACAAAUAUGGAAAUCAGAUAAAUACAAAAAUAUUGCGAAAAGUCACAUAGCUGGAUAUCCAAAACGAUUGCAAACAAUAAUCGACAAUGAUGGUGAUAUAAUUACCAAGUACAACUAA